UGGAAGAGAGUUAUAAGAAGAAAUCGAAAGGGAAAAGGGAAAGAGAGAGAGAGAGAGAGAGAGAGAGAGAGAGAACACGUAGAAGAAUAUGGUCCGUGCGCGAAACGAAGGGACAAGACAAGCUGACCGGCAAAACCCAAUAACCCAACUACUCAUCUCUCUCUCUCUCUCUCUCUCUCUCUCUCUCUCUCUGUUACACUCAUUUGCCAUCCCAUUUAUAUUCUUCUUCUUCUUCUUUCGUCUUUGUUCCACAUCACACUUGGUGAGCCUUGAGCCUGGAUUGUCUUCUCCUUUUCAAUGUCUACGCUUUCUUCUUCCCAUGAUGCCCUUCCCGAUGUCGACGACUACAUUAUUUCGGCAAAUGAAGGAGAGGGAGCAUUGCCUUGGGACACAUUUAAUCACGUUUUCAGUCUUGUGCAGAAUGGAAACCUGGCUUUCCGAGAGAAUCGUUUUGAGGAGGCCAUAAAUUGUUAUUCAAGGGCUAACAACAUUAAACAAUGUGAUCCACUUAUUCUUGGCAACCGAAGUGCUGCUUAUAUCAGGAUUAGUAAAUUCCUGAAAGACAGACCUGCAUCAGCUUCUGAAUAUAAACCAUUGAGUGGGUUGGAUCCUACUACACAUGCUGAACUUGCUUUAAAGGAUGCAGAGAAGGUGAUUGGCCUCCGCCGCAAUGCUGUAAAAUCCUACUUUUUAAUGGCCACUGCUCUCAUUUUGUUGGAGAAAUAUGAGACAGCUCGGGAUGUUAUUCUUUCUGGUCUUCAGAUUGACCCUUUUAGCAAUUCUCUUAAGGCUUCUCUUCAGAAUUUGGAGAGAUCACAAGUCUGUUUGAUGGGGAAGAGAAGCCAUAGGAAAGCAGAACGCACUGAUGACUUUGAUUGCACAUUAUGCCUAAAGUUACUUUAUGAACCUAUCACAACUCCUUGUGGCCAUUCAUUUUGCCGUUCAUGUUUAUUUCAGUCAAUGGAUCGUAGUAACAAAUGUCCAUUGUGCAGAACAGUUCUUUUCAUUAGUCCGAGGACAUGUUCAAUCAGUGUGACGCUGAACAGCAUAAUACAAAAGAACUUCCCGGAGGAAUAUGCUGAAAGGAAAACAGAGCAGGAAAGUUUGACAAGCUUUGGUGUUGAUUUGAUGCCUCUCUUUGUCAUGGAUGUUGUCCUCCCAUGUCAGAAAUUUCCACUGCAUAUAUUUGAACCUCGGUAUAGACUUAUGGUGAGAAGGAUAAUGGAAGGAAAUCAUCGGAUGGGAAUGGUUAUCAUUGAUUCUACAACAGGUUCCAUAGCCGAUUUUGCUUGUGAAGUGGAGAUUACUGAAUGUGAGCCACUUCCAGAUGGACGUUUCUAUCUAGAGAUUGAAAGUCGUCGCCGGUUUCGCAUAAUCCGGUCUUGGGAUCAGGAUGGGUAUCGUGUUGCAGAGAUUGAGUGGGUAAAUGAUAUUUGUCCAGCGGAAGGGUCAAUAGAGAGAGCAGAGUUGCAGGAAUUGAUAAAUAACACAGCAGAAUACACACAAUCAUGGAUAAGUAAGGCAAAAGAAGCGGCACAAUAUGAUCCAAGAAAGCUUGAGAAACUUCAUAAUGUGGAAUCAAUGAUGCCGUCCCCUCAAGAUCCUGAGCGCUUCAGUUUCUGGGUCACUACCCUAACAAAUCGAAGACCCCUAGAAAAAUUGGAGCUACUGCGCAUAAAAGAUACAAGAGAGGACCAGGAAGAGAAAUGUAGAGUAGACAGAAAAAAUGAGGAUACGCCGUGGACUGAUUUAUCUCAGAGCAGAAGAGCAAGGUUGCCGGCUGCAAUAAGUUCUUCUUCUUCUUCUUCUACCAAAUUUCCAACCUUAUUAUAUCAUAGAAUGGGGGGAGAAAAAAAUGGGGUUCUCAUUAAGCCUCAACCAAUCUCCUCCCUUUCCUUCAUUUUCCUCCUCAUUUUCUCAUCAUUCAACUUUGAUUUAACCAAAGCUAAAACUAAUUCUUCUUCUUCUUCUUCUUCAAGCGUGGUUUUCUCUCCUCCUGAUAACUAUCUCAUCGACUGCGGUUCUUCACAACAAACCAAGCUCAGUGAUGGCAGAACAUUCAAAUCAGAACGUGACACUUCUUCUCUUCUAUCCACAGAGGAAGACAUUGAAGCCUCAGCUGAUUCCAUUACAGCUACAGCUUCUUCUUCAAUUCCUUCUUCUUCUCUGCCUCUUUAUCAAACCGCUAGAAUCUUCACACAAGAAUCUACAUACACUUUUCACAUCUCCCAAACAGGAAAGCACUGGCUUCGCCUUUACUUCUACCCACUUCCGCAUCCAACAUAUAAUCUAACCAAUGCAGUGUUUAAGGUUUCGACAGACAGUUUUGUUCUCUUGGAGAAUUUUUCAGUUAAAGAUGGUAAAUCUUAUGUUUAUAAAGAGUAUCUUGUUCAAGCUAAUAGCGAUAGGUUCUCUCUGAUUUUCAAACCGGCGAAGAAUUCUUUCGCAUUCAUCAAUGGCAUUGAAGUCGUUUCAGCUCCUGAUUCUCUCAACAUUGUUGCUGACGGUUCUGCUGUAAUUCCCUCAGUUGGUUAUCAAAAUGGCUUUUCUUCUUCUGAUCACGAUCACGCUUUCCAAGUCAAUUACCGAUUGAACGUUGGAGGUCCAACCAUUUCUCCUAAAGAUGAUACGCUUUCAAGAACUUGGGAAUCCGAUUCUCCAUACAACUCUUUCCCUCAAGGCACUAAGAACGUCUCUGUUUCGCCAACAACUAUCAAAUACCCGGAACAGAAUGGUUCGAACCCUUUGGUUGCGCCGAGCUUGGUUUAUUCAUCGGUACAAGAAAUGGAGGAUUCUGAAACCAUGGAAUCCAAUUUCAACCUCACAUGGAAGAUGAAUGUGGAGAAUGGUUUUGACUAUUUGAUCAGAUUGCAUUUCUGUGACAUCAUCAGCAAGGCAAUGAACAAUCUCUACUUCAAUGUGUACAUCAACAGUUUCAUGGCGAUUUCGAAUCUUGAUCUUUCAGCACUCACAGGGUCACUAUCCACAGCUUAUUACAGAGACUUUGUUGUUUUGGAAUCCUCCAUUGUUAACCAAACCAUCAUGGUUCAGGUUGGUGAUUCCAAUAUCCAUUCAGGAAUCGGACAGGCUAUUCUGAAUGGACUCGAGGUGAUGAAGAUGAGCAACAAAGACAGCAGCUUGGAUGGUAUUUCCGAAGGAUCGGAAUCAUCAUCAGGAAUGAGCAGGAUGAAAAUAGUUGCGGCUAUUGGUCUAUCACUGGCGGUCACGGCAAUGCUUUUGCUAGGAAUUGUAUGUGUUCGAUGGAAAAGAAAACCACAUGGAGGUUGGGAAAAGAGAAACAGCAUCACUUCUUGGCUUCUACCAAUCCAUGGAAGCCAAGGAAGCAAUUUCCUGUCGAGCAAAAGCAGUUCAAGAAGAUCAAGCAUUUUCGGGUCGCGAAAGAGCAAAAGCACAUAUUCGAGCUUGUUCUCUUCCUCUGGUUGCUUUGGCAGAUACUUCACACUCAGUGAAUUACAAGCAGCCACACAGAACUUCGAUGACAAGGCGGUAAUUGGUGUUGGCGGGUUUGGAAAAGUGUAUCUUGGUGUGCUAGAAGAUGGUACGAAACUAGCCAUUAAAAGAGGGAAUCCGAGCUCAGAGCAAGGAAUCAACGAGUUUCGAACGGAGAUCGAAAUGCUUUCGAAACUUCGCCAUCGCCACCUUGUUUCUUUAGUAGGAUUCUGUGAUGAACAAUCGGAGAUGAUCCUUGUCUAUGAGUACAUGGCAAAUGGACCGCUUCGAGACCAUCUCUACGGCUCGAAUUUGCCUCAUCUUUCAUGGAAACAGAGGCUUGAAAUCUCCAUAGGAGCAGCUAGAGGUCUGCAUUAUCUCCACACUGGUGCAGCACAGGGGAUCAUACAUAGAGAUGUGAAAACAACAAACAUUCUAUUGGAUGACAACUUCGUUGCCAAAGUUUCGGAUUUUGGAUUGUCGAAAGCAGCACCAACAUUGGAUCAAACACAUGUGAGCACAGCAGUGAAAGGUAGUUUUGGUUACUUGGAUCCUGAAUAUUUCAGAAGGCAGCAACUGACAGAGAAAUCAGAUGUUUACUCAUUUGGGGUUGUUCUUUUUGAGGUUCUUUGCGCGAGACGCGUUAUAGAUCCUGCAUUGCCGAGAGAACAAGUGAGUUUGGCUGAGUGGGCAAUGAAAUGGCAUAGAAAUGGGAAUAUAGAGAAGAUAGUUGACCCUCUUAUUGCUACUAGUAUAAGUUCUGCUUCUUUGAAGAAAGUUGUGGAAGCUGCAGAGAAAUGUCUUGCUGAACAUGGUGUUGAUAGACCUUCAAUGGGGGAUGUGCUUUGGAAUUUGGAAUACGCUUUGCAGCUUCAAGAGGCUUCUUCUCAGAUUGAUCCUCCUGAAGAUAAAACUGCCAAUAUCAUUGAUGUACAGAAACUAAAAGAAGUUGAUCAUGAUGCUGAUGAUGAUUAUGAUGAGAAUGAGAUAGUUAAGGAGAAUCAAAAAGCUAAUCUUUGAAGUUGGUACAAAGUU